CUUUUUAGUGAGGGGGACAAUUUUUCUGUGAUCCAAAAAGUCCACUUUUGUCUACUCCAUCUUUAUGCUUGAUUGUAUUUAAUACAGCCUAGGGUAAAUCAUUAUAAUGAUUAUUUGAGUUAUAUAUAAAUGCAAUAAAAGAAAAGAAUACCGCUUGGCGGUUAAAAAAUCCACGAAUGCUUCUUCCAGAUUGUAAGCCGCAUUCUUCUCUAAGGUAGGAUGCCAUAGGUAAACAUUCUUGCCAUUCGUCGUAAAAGCCUUGUCUUGUAUUCGUCCAGGUCUGAUCACUUCAUAUCAACUCAGCGAAGCUAGAUUAUCAACUUCGAGUGGCAAGUAUCGGAAAGAAGGGCCCCAAAUGAUUCGUUAUUGGAGCAGAUAGCAACAACCAUUUCAUCUGACAUGCGUAGUUUUGAUUUUCCAAUGGAUUUACAUCUUUCAAGUAUUUUCAUUAAUUGAUAUCUCGGGAUUAAGAGAGACAAAUGAAUUUAAAGCUGACUGAAACCUAGGAACAUUAUCUUAAUUUACCGGAUUAAUGGAUUUUUGUUAUGAAAUUGAUUGAAAGUUUGGCAAAAGAUUUUAGAAGAAGAAGAUAGAAUCGAGAUUCGAGUUAUUUUGGGAAACUGAUUUUGGAUAAUUUGCUUGACGCGAACGGUCUUCCACUUUGAACUUGGAAAGGGAAGGACGUUUCUCUAGACUCUGGCAUGCUUGUGCUCUCUGGCUCUCGCUCUCGCUCUCGCCGGCCUCCCUCUCUGGCUCUCGCGCUCUCCAUCCGACGGAGGACAAGUUGGUGAACCUCGGGAGUGGUGCCGGCACCGAUGGAUUUCUACAAGUUCAACCCUUGGGACCUUUCCGGUUUGUGUUGAUCUUUCCGCUCGCAACACCUGGGGAGAGGAUUUCGUUGAGCAAGGGAAGACGAUGAGGGGAGAGAUGGACAGGAAAGAAGACGCAGGAGGUAUGAUAGUGACACGAAGCAGAAGGAGAAAGAGGGAAUAGAUGGCAGAAAGGCUGAUAGUUGGAAACCAGAACAACCAGCAUUGUGAGAAGGCAAUAUGAUUACCGAUGCUGCAAACUUGGAAAGCAGUGGGGGAGUUUACAUCCCACCAUUUAAGUUGGCCAGAAUGAUGAAAGAGGUUCAAGACAAAAGCGGCAUUGAGUAUCAAGGGUUGAGGUGGGAAGUCUUAAGGAAGAGUAUAAACGGUUUGGUGAAUAAGGUCAAUGCAACGAACCUGGUUUCUGUCGUCAACACGAAGUUUGCAGAGUCCGCAGUUCGUCCAGAAUUGGACCUUGUGGAGCAUGAAGAUCAACUAGCACACGAGAUAUCACUCCAGGCAGACAUCGAUCCAGAAAUUACUCUUGACAUAUUUAAGCCUGAUCCGCAGUUGGUGGAGAAUGAAAAGCUUUAUGAACAAUUGAAGAAAACCAUUCUUGGUGACGAGUUUGAAGAGGAAAAAGAGUCGGAAGAAGGCUCAGAAGAUGCAUCUGCUGAGGAAGUUGAUGCAGAAGAGGGUGAACAGAUGAACAUUAAAGAUGAGACUCAGACGAAUCUUGUAAAUCUCUGGAGAACGAUAUAUCUGAAGAUUAUGUCCAGUGUCGAUUUCGAGGAAGCAGGGCAUAAGCUAUUAAUAAGUAAACUUGAACCUGGACAAGAGAUGGAUCUAUAUGCUGUUGGAGUGUUGCAGUCAAGAAAGAACUUACCUCCGCUACUAUGGUCUGAUGGGGCAGCGGUUUUGCAUGAUGAACAAAGUCAGUCACUACAAUUUUGAGAGAUGCUUUGUUCAACAGUAUUCAAUGGUUCACUGUCUCAAGACAAACAAAGUGAAAAACGUGGCAAAAUUUUUUGCACAUUUACUUGGUACAGAUUCUCUACCGUGGCAUGUCUUGGCCUACAUACAAUUGACUGAGGACACCUCUUUCAUCACGAAUAUUUAUAAAAAUUCUC